AUGUCGGGUGUGACCGUGCCUUCUAGCUCUGACGCUCCCGACUCUCGCCGCGAGCCGCCAAGCGAUGCGACCAUACGUUACUGGUCAGACGCUGCCAAACAUAGGCUGAACUCAUAUGCCGGUCCGCUGACUCGCGAGGCGGCCUCUCAAGCUCAAAGCACCAUCGAUGACGAGCUUGAGGCCUUGAGAACUAUUGCUGCGGACUUCAGAUCACAAAGGAAUGCCCUAUCGAGCGUCGGUGCUCUGCCCGCCGAGAUACUCUCCAGGAUCUUCGCCCUGCACGCGCUUCAACAGCCGCCAGGCGAGCCUCUUUGGGAGAAUGACGACUCGGAAGACCCACCUUCCCUCUCUCAGAUGGAGCUGGGAUGGAUCACCGUUACUCACGUGUGUCGUCGCUGGAGAAAUGUCGCUCUGACCGAUCCAAGUCUCUGGACUCGAAUCUCAUUUCGAUUGGGAGAGCACUGGGUCGACGAGAUGUUUUCCCGCGCCGGCUCUGCCCCCAUCAUCUACGAGCGUCUAUACGAUCACAAGAGCACCCUUUCCUCUGCAGAGCGAGAGAGCUCCAUGCUCUCAACCAACCUCUCUCGCGUCAAGACUUUGAUACUACGCGACGACAAAUACACCGGGUUCAUGGUACCGAUGAUACACGAAGUCCUCACGGUACCCGCUCCUCACCUCCUGCAUCUCGACCUAUCGUGUGCACCCGCGUCCCCACUCUCCCUUUCACCCGCAUUCCUCCGAGAGAACGCUGCUCGAUUGGUGCACGUGCGCCUGCACAAUGUUGCUCUACCGUGCGGGCCAUGGCGUUGGGACUGUCUGCGAGUUCUGAAGAUCAAUGCAGUCACACGCUUCAAGCCCGAGCCCGUCGACGUCCCCGCAGAAGCGCAUCUGGCGUUCGACUUCCCCUCCGAGAAGAUCCUAUUCUCUGCCCUAGCUUCUAUGCCUUUACUCGAGAGGCUAGAGCUCCUCGAGUGUCUUCCCCAAAGACACGCCUCCCCGGAUGAGCCCGCCCCGAGCCCGCCCUUGCGUCUCCCACUCUUGCGAUCCAUCUACCUCUCCGGAUCGGCAUCAGAGUGCGUCAACUUCAUCGAGGCUACCGAGACGCCUGCUUUGCGUUCAGUCGGCGUGGACGUGCGACCCGAGAUCAACCGAGAGGCCGAUCCACUUCCGGAUAUCCAAGCCCUCAUGACCUACGUAUCAUCGCACCUCGAGCGCGCUCAGGAUCCCUUGCGUCGCCUCUCAGCGCAAGUGUCGUCCAUCUCGCGGUUUCUCGAGAUUCGGGGGUGGCAGUCGGAUUUGAGCCUUCCUGAAGAAGAGCCGCCGCUGUUCUUGAGCAUAUCGUUUCCCCUACGAGGGUUCAGCACCGCAGAAACACAGAGACAGCAACUCGACAUCUUUCGCUCCCUGCCUGUCGCAUCUGUUCAGACUUUGCAACUCGAGGCGCCGCAACUGAGUUGGGGCAUCGAUCAAUGGAGAGAACUCAGCCGCAUGUUCACGUCCACCGACGAUGUCCGCAUCGUACUCUCUUCCAUGUCCAGUGCCACUUUUGUCGAUACACUACGUGACGAGCCGAGUACAGACGAAACCCCGCGCGCAGUAUUCCCAUCACUAUUCACUCUCGAGCUAGAGGGCAUGCACCUCCAGCUCCCUCACGAAUACGGGCUCAACCGGUCCAGCUCGAGGCUCAGCGACAAGCUGCAGCAAGCGCUCAAACAGCGCAAGGCGGCGGGGCUGGGACCUCGUGUUCUCCGUCUGCGGAAGUGCACCGGUAUCGACAAUCACACGGUGGCCAGACUGAAGGAGAUUGUUCCGGUCCUUGAUUGGGAUCGGUUCAAAGAGCCGCAUGCGGAGGUGAUGGACUUCUGGCCCCUCCGGGGCACUUCUGGGGCUCUAACUAACGAGAUUAUAUGA